AUGUUUUUUAUCUUCGCAAACCAGAACCCAACAGCGAAGACCUGGUACGUGGUCACCGCUCCGCACGUAGACGACACAGACAGGCUCGUCACGUUACUCAAGCAGAGGUACAGAAAUUUAUAUGUCGUUGGCGCCGAUCUCAACGCGAUGUUUACCGGGACUCCCCUUGAGAUAUUAUUUAAGUCGGGGAUCUGGGCGCACAAUACGCCUUGGCCGGCGAACAACCUCUCUAAUCUACUGCGGAACGUCCUGCUGUGGCUGUGGGGAGGGAUGACCACCGACACCGACUGCAUCUGCGUCAGGAAGGUCACGCACCUGCACAACGCGAUCGCUUAUGACGAAAAGGACAAGGUCGCCAACAACGCCAUCAUGCACUUCGAAGCCCGCCAUCGGUUCAUUCUCGAGACCAUGGAGUACCUGAAACAAAAUUUCCAGGUGGCCAAGUGGCACGUCAACGGACCAGGGGCGGCUUCGCACAUCGCCAAGAAGGUCUGCGGAACCAAGAACCUGAAUAAGAUCCUUUACGAGAAAUGCGACAGCCUGCAGUUGAUGCCGUUGAGGAAUAUGCAACUCUAUACCUGGACACAGUGGGGGAAUUACUUUAAGAAGGGAAUAGGAAGCAAAUUCCUAGGGGAACACAAAGACGCCUACAUCUUGCACAUGUAUAACAAACUCAGCAAGAAACGACCGGUUGAAAUAGGAUCCGAAACCAUCUACGACAGUGUUGCCAGCGUCGUUUGCCCACUCACGUACGAGGCUGCCAAACGGAGGGCGUGUGAUGAACAUUUGGCGCGAGAGAUCGAUAUAGUUUAUUAA